UAUUUGACUAUUGUCGCAUCGUCUCGCUGCAUCUUCAGCAGUCAAUAAACGUCAAAAUUAUUUUGCUUGACAAAAGUUAGGUUUCAACUCUUACACACAAUUUGUAUGAAUUGAACUAGUAAAUCUUUUUGAAAUCCUACUUUUUGUGGAAACUUUUAAAAUUCUAAUAUUCUGUAUAAGCUGCUGAAAAUAUGCGAAUUGUACUAAAACACAUACUAAGGCAUUAGAAAUACAAAAUAAUAUUCUUAAAUCGUGUGAUGUAAUUAAAAUUGGAAUGCCAGCUCGAUUUGUACUUUCGUUUGUCAUUUUUGUGGCUUUAAGCUAUGAGUUGAUUUGUGGUAUACGAGGCCAGGAUGAAACAACCGAAAUAAUUGAUGGUGCAGAGAUAAUUGGCCCGUAUUUUGAUGCAAACAUUCCACAUAAUGUGACUGCGAUCGUUGGGAAGUCAGCAUUUCUGCGUUGUAAAGCGAAGAAUUUAGCAAACAAAACCUUGGCAUGGAUUCGACAUCGAGACAUUCACAUUUUAACGGUUGGCAGCUACACAUAUACAACAGAUCAACGCUUCCAGGCAACGUACAAUAAAGACUCGGGUGAAAGUGUAAUGGAAAUAAAAUGGGCAUCGAUUAGAGAUGCAGGAUUAUAUGAAUGCCAGAUUUCUUCACAACCAGUUCGAAGUUUAUUUGUGCAUUUAGAUGUAGUUGUGCCUACUGCUGUAAUAUGGGGUGCUCCGGAAAUAUUUGUUUCCAAAGGAAAUAUGAUCAACAUCACGUGCACGAUAAAUUAUAGCACAGAACCGCCAGCUUAUAUCUUUUGGUAUCACCAGGAUGAAGUGAUAAGUUUUGACUCUCAGCGAGGAGGUGUUUCGGUCAUCACUGAGAAGGCAGAGGUUACAAUAUCUCAUCUAUUAAUUCAAAAAGCGGAUCUAGCUGAUUCUGGGAAGUACUCAUGUUCCCCUUCGAAUGCAGAUGUGGCGUCAGUUCGAGUUCAUGUAACUUGAGCACUACUUGUAUUCAUCUUUCGUUCGCAUCUACGGGUAUUUAGAAGAAUAUGUUUGUUUUCUUUUGGGCUUCGUUGAAAAUAAUUUGUGAAUAAAAUCUGAGGAAAGCAUAAAACGCAAUUCCAAAAAAUCAGUUUUAUUUACAAAAUAUGUGACAAAAAAAUUCGUUUAACUAAUAAAAUUUACACUAAUUAACAUUCUGAA